AUUAUUCUUAAUGUCCAAUCAAUAUGUGAUCGUGCCUUAAAAUUAUCGAAGUGAUAGCAUGGUGAGCAUAUCACCUGCUGACAAACGAUAUUUUGAAUAGGCUCAGGCCAAGUAAAAAUCACCUCCACAAUAAAUGAUGUUCGGAGGGUACUCGCCAUCACCUAGUCUUCAAAAAAGUUUGAGCACUCAAUUAUCAGAAUAAAGCAUUGAUGAUGUAUAAAUAUUGUUCAAAAUUUAUCAGUUUAGUAGGAUGUAAAAAGAUUCAGAUACUGAGUUAGUUGUCCAAUAUAUACUUUAAUUGAGAGACGCAGAUAAAAGAGAAUAAGCAUUAUCAGAAUUGUCCAAAAAAAGAGAAAGCUUUCCUCAUUUGGCACCUCUGUUAUGGCAUUCUGUUGGUACCAUAGCUAUAUUGUAAGUCAUUUAAAUAUUUUAGUCUCUAAGAAAUUGCAGUUGUAUAUCAGCAUUUACAACCAGCUUAGCUUACACAGGCUUAAUCUUCUAGGAUCUGCAGUGUUUUGGGAUUGCUACAAUGUCUUGCUCUACAUGUGUAAACAAGAUCUUGCUUCUUAAGAGGUAAUAAAAAAUUUAAAUAUAGCUCACAUUCCAUUAUUUUUAUAUCCAUUUCUAAACACUAGUAACAAGAGUAAGGCUUUCGAAAACCUAAGAGUGACAAGUUUGGGUGUAAUAGGCGCUUUGGUGAAGGUGUUAAUAUUUUUAAAUUUUAAAGGGAGAUGAUCCAGAGGCGAUUAAUUUUUUAAUGCAGACUGAAAUCAUUCCACUUUGUUUGAGAAUAAUGAAAAAAGGACAGGAACUCUCCAGAACAGUUGCUACAUUUAUAGUGUAGAAGAUCCUUCUCGAUGACAAUGGUCUCAAUUAUAUCUGUUAGACUCCUGAAAGAUUCUUUGCAGUAAGCCAAGUCUUACAAACCAUGAUUGAUGAUUUGCAUCAAUCUUAAAAAGAUGAUUAAAGAUUGUUGAGACACAUAAUUAGAUGUUAUUUGAGAUUAUCUGAAAACCAAAAGUAACCCUUGUGAACUAAUUUUUAGAGCUGGAGAAGUCCUUAAAAAAUAUUUGCCACAAGUAUUAAAAGACCCAACUCAAUCUUUUAUUAAAGAUGAAGUGGUAAAAAAGUGGCAUAAUAAUUUGCUUCAAAAUCUUUCGAUCAAAUGAUAUAAUAAAUAUGUAUCUAAAAAAUAGAAAUCUU